UUCUGGUCGGACGGCCCAUAAUUCAUUGCGCGACUACGAAACAGCAUAUAAUGGUGACGUCAGGUUGGGGAUCCUGGCUUCGGACUAUACGGAAACUCAACAUGUAUGUUUUAAAAUGCAAGAGAUGUAGGAUAUGAGAUCGUGAUAUGGAGGACGGCCAAUGUGGGGGGGAUCUGGAAUACAUGAUCCAAGAUGAAGACACCCUUAUUGAGGGGGUCAGUAACCAGGUGCUUUUUGUGGUGGUGCUCAGUUUCGCUUUCCUUGGAGGCUUACUGACUUUACUCUGCAGGGAGGAACACCAGGACAUUCAUCCAGAGAACCAGGAGCACGUCCGAGCUGUUCGAGAACAGCUUCAGUCUGAGCAGGAUGAAAACCCUGCAGAAGCCAGGCAGCAGUAUUACACGGACAUGUCCUGCCCGGUUUGUCUGCAGCAGGCAGUGCUGCCCGUAGAGACCAACUGCGGACACCUCUUCUGUGGUCCCUGCAUCGUAGCCUACUGGAGGUAUGGAACCUGGCUGGGUGCUAUACACUGUCCCAUCUGCAGACAAAUGGUGACGCUGCUUUUCCCCCUGUUCCAGGAGCACGACUCCCCCCAGCGGGUCCAGGAUGGGGAAGCCGUGCCCCAGCUCAUCCACCGGGACAUCAACGACUACAACCGCAGGUUCUCAGGGCAGCCCCGAUCCCUGAUGGACCGCCUGCGAGACGUGCCCACGCUGCUGCGCCACGCCUUCAGGGAGCUCUUCUCCAUGGGAGGCCUCUUCUGGAUGUUCCGCAUCCGGAUCCUGCUGUGCCUGGUGGGCGCCCUCACCUACCUGGUGUCCCCGCUGGACUUCCUGCCCGAGGCCCUGUUCGGCCUGCUGGGCUUCAUGGACGACUUCCUAGUCAUCCUGCUCCUCUUCGUCUACAUCUCCAUCAUGUACAGGGAGGUGGUGACGCAAAGGCUCAACGGCUGAGCGGGGGGGAUGGGGGAGACGUCCCGUGGGCGAUGAUCUCGACAUUACCCCGACACGGAAGGAGAACUAAAAAUGAGACUGGAAGAAUCCCAGCGGAGGAGGAAUCUCUUGGGACUGGUUAUUGUUUUGUUUUGAGGGAUUGGAGUUUGAGGGUUUUUUUCCACAUCAGUAUGUACAAUCCAUGUACACAGAUGCCGCAAUACCUGGUGUUGUAACCUGGAUGUCUGUCUAAACAAUACUGCAUUGUAAUCCAUUUUUCCACACUGGUCAUUUCGAUACUUUUGUCAUCCAUUUUUUGACAGCAUGUUGGACAAGGCAAAUACUGAAUGAAACAUAUUGCAGCUGGCACAUUGUAUUUUGUAUGAAAAUGCAUUUAUUGCAAUAUAAACUAAUGUGAAUUAUUCUAAUUGUACUUAACUUGAAUUUGGCAUACUGGCAUCAUUCUGGUUUGAAUUUGCUAAUCUGAACAGGAUAUGUGUAGUGUGUUUGGUGCCUUGUUCAAACAUUUUUUUGAUGAAGAGUCUUUAUCAGAAACAGUGAUAUCACACUGAAAUUAAAUAAGGUGGCUCUCUGUUGCUUUUUGGAAUGUAGGAGCAGAAUUAAAAACAAUUCAAAUGAUUCAGUAAAGUUAGUUUCAGUAAAAAGGUUGUGUUUUUACUUUCACCCAGAUUAUCAAAAAUGGGUAAAGAAACGCAUAUGGGCUUGUUCUGUUUGGUAUCCUGAUGUUAGUGAAUUGGGGAGGGGGAAUCAUUAUUUGCAUGAUUAUUAUGCAUUUAUUAUGUUCAUUAUUAAACAAAUAAGGGAUUUCUUACCGAAAGUUUUUGCUGGCAACUGGUAGUGCAUUGCAUUAAUUGAAUUGCAGCUGUUUAGUUUCUUCGUUUUAUAUGGAAAAUAAAAACUUGCAAUUGAUUGUA